UUCGGUAGUUAAGGUUACUCAUGGCUAAGGUGGGAUUGUGGGUGGUGAUCAGCUUGUAUUAAAACAACAAUUCCGGUUGUUACAUGAAUACAAAAAAACGUAAUUAAACGAAACAAAGAAUUUGUAUGAAGAGUUGAAUUUUGAACUUGUUUAGUGCGGGUAUUUUUCAAAUUUUUGGUUGGCAGCACGUCACUAGUGAACAAAACUAAGAAAAUGGCCUGUGGCCUAUGUACCAGCUUUUGUUAACUGUGAGGCAUUUGCUCAAUUUUUAACGGAUGUAUAUAUUCAAUAUAUACCUAGUGGAAAGUUGAACUGAUUGUGAAUUUAGUGAAGUAAUAAUUCAACGUAACCUGGAACACACAAUAAACCCCACAAAGAAACAAGUCUAAUGCCGUUUCCAUUGAAAAUACUGUGAAUGACUUUUCUACUGGAGACAAUAAUGGAUAACUGGAAAACUAUUUUAUGUGUAAUCUUGUAUGUUACUUCUUCACAGUCACAAACAACUAAUAUACACAAUGGAUAUGGAGAUAAUCCCAGAAGCAACUAUGUUGCAUCCCAAGAAACAAGUGCUAUAAAAAUUCAUAAUCAUAAACCGGAAUUCAGAGAUUGUCAAACAUACAAGCCGUAUGUUAAAGAGGAACAGCAGGCUGGGACAAGAGUAACACAGGUAAAGGCUUAUGACAAUGAUCCAAAAGAUGCUGGAGGUACAAUAACAUAUCGUAUUGUUCACCGUGAUGGAGAACGUGUGAUGUUCAGUAUCAAUAAUGUUACCGGAGUACUCACCACUAUUCAACCAUUUGAUCGUGAUGAACCAAUCAGACAAAAAGAGUUGUACGUAACUGUACAGGCGACCGACAAUGGUAGACCUCCUCUUGCCGAUAUAUGUACUUUUAUAGUUUUCAUAACUGAUAUAAACGACAAUGCACCUCAACUUGAUAAAGCCGACUAUGACACUCAAGUUUCUGAGGAUCUCAAAGCAGGCAGUGAAGUUAUGCGAGUAUUCGCGUACGAUAUUGACGAUGGGGACAAUUCUAGAUUAUCCUAUAAUUUUUCUGAACCGAAUAAUUUGUUUUCCCGAUAUUUUCGAAUAGAUCGCGAUACUGGUGUAGUAUAUUUGAAAGAAGCAUUAAUUGGUAAAAAGAAUAACAGAUUUACCAACGUUGUUUAUGUUUCUGACAAUGGAGUAUUAGAUCAGGAAGGACAGAAAUUUUCCAAGGCUGAUAUUUCCAUAAUUGUUGUCGGCUCUGAUAAACAACCUCCCAGGUUUAUCAGACCUGAAACUCCAGAAGUUCUCGAAAUUCAUGAAAAUUUUCAAGAUUUUUCCAAAUAUUUAGUUACUGUUGAAGCAGAGUCCAAUAUAAAGGAUAAAGAACUUGUUUACGAACUAGUUAAAGGCAAAACAUUUCAGACCAACAAAGAACAAACGUUCUUAUUAGUUCCAGAUGGUAAUGUUGCUCAUAUUCAGCUUGUUCGUCCAUUGGAUUAUGAAACUGUCACAGAAUACACAUUGACGGUUCGUGUAAAAAAUAAAGAUUCUAUGGAUAGUUCCAUAAAUAUUCCAAUUAAAGUUCUUGACGUCAACGAUGAGAUACCUAAUUUCCUUGAAUUUCUAAAGGGAAGUGUGGUAGAAAAUGACCGACCCGGCGUUCAAGCUAUACAGGUUAGAGCCAUAGACAAGGAUGGAACUUCUGCUAACAAUAUUGUUAGCUACGAACUGGAGGAUAACCAAGAUAUUUUUGCUAUUGACCGAUCAACUGGUGUUAUUACAUCAAAAGUGGAGUUUGAUCGUGAAGCAGUUCCUCUUUAUCAUGUGAAAGUAAAAGCCUUUGACAAUUCACCCUCGGCACUUUAUAAUACAACUGAUCCCAACAUUGUCUACCAGACAUUUCAAAUUAGUGUAGAAGAUCAAAAUGACAAUCAUCCUCGUUUUACCCACCCCAUCUAUCAGUUUAGUAACAUUACUGAACUUGCUGAUAAAUUGAGUAUCGUCGGAGAAGUUUUGGCCUUAGAUAAUGAUACUGCAUCUUUGAUAUCAUACAGCAUUACAGCUGGAAACUUGAAUGAUUCGUUCAUGAUUGAAAACUCUACCGGGCGAAUUAAAGUAAAUGCAAAACUGGACUAUGAACAGAUUGAACAAUAUAACUUGACCAUUAGGGCGUUUGAUGGUGCAUUUGAAGAUUUUGCCACAGUUAUUAUUUCCUUAUUGAAUGAAAACGAUGAACGUCCUAUAUUCUAUGAUUAUGAAAAAAGGGUGGAGAAAAAGGAGGAGACCGUCUAUCCAGAUUGUAUCAUCAGGCUUUCCGCUUACGAUCCAGAUAUUAAAGAUAGAAGUGCAGACCAACACAUUUCCUAUGAGGUUGCCACUGAACAUAAACACUUCCUUGGUGUCACAGCAGAUGGUUGUGUGAAAUUGACAAAACCUCUUGAUAGAGAUCCGCCAUUUGGGAGUCCCGAAAGACAAGUUUUCAUAUACGCUCGUGAUAAUGAUGGGGGCACCAAUUCUUUAUUGAGUGUUGCAGAAAUACAGAUAGUUCUCAUUGAUAUAAAUGAUAACGCACCAUUUCUAAAUGUAACUGAAAUUGUCUGGUAUGAAAAUGAACCUCCAGGUUUGAUCGGAAAUUUAAGUGCGGAUGAUUAUGACGCACCGGAAAAUGGUCCUCCAUUUACUUUUCAGUUGUCUGAUUCUGCUACAAGUGAAAUACAAGAAAAAUUUUCUAUCAGUGUCAAUCAGCUUCAUGCAAAAGUUACUUUCGAUAGGGAGGAGAAGAAAUAUUAUGACAUACCUAUUACAAUCACUGACAGUGGAAAUCCCUCUCUAAGUGGUACGAGUAUUUUAAGAGUAAUUAUAGGAGAUAGAAACGAUAACGAGGCCCAUGAUGGUGAAAGCAGUAUUUUUGUCUAUAAAUAUGCCAAUGGGCCAAACAGAGAUAUUGAAAUUGGAAGAGUUUUUGUUGAGGAUUUAGAUGAUUGGGAUUUGAAUGACAAAGUUUUUGUUCAACAAGAUUUCUUUGAUGAAUUUUCACUGAAUAAAUCCAAUAAUGGAAUGAUUUUGAUGAAACCAAUGGCAAUGGAAGGAACCUAUGUUGUACAUUAUCAAGUUACGGAAUCCAAUGAACCAGUAAUUAUAAGGCACACUGUCAAUGCAGUAGUGAAUAUAACCAUUAAAGUAAUUCCUGAAGAAGCCGUUAUUAAAUCUGGAUCAAUUCGUAUGUAUGGUAUUACCAAAGAAGAAUUUGUUGAAAAACCUCAGAAUGGUUUGAGCAAAAAAGACCUUUUACACCAACAUAUCGCAAAGAUAGUAAACACCUCUUUGGCAAAUGUAGAUGUCUUUACUGUUCUGCAAUCCCCUCAACAGAAUAACUCUUUCAUUGAUGUAAGAUUUUCCGCCCACGGCUCUCCAUAUUAUGCUCCUGAAAAGCUUGAAAAUAAGAUUACGGAACACCAAACAGAGCUUGAAACUAAAUUAGGUCUCAGUUUUGUCAUGAUUCACAUAAAUGAAUGUUUGAAUGAAACUGUAUGUGGAAUGGACGGAUCAUGUAGCAACAGAUUAAAUAUAGUAGAAGAACCGGCUGUGGUUUUUACUAAUAAAACUUCUUUCGUUGGGGUGAAUGCUUUUAUCGAACCCAUAUGUGGUACUAUUCCCAUAAUACCACAUUGUUUGAAUGGUGGACAGCUCAUUGGUGAUAUUUGUGAGUGCCCCUCUGGAUUUGAAGGUCCUUAUUGUGAAAUUCUCGGAAUUGGAUUUACCGGAAACGGCUGGGCAAUGUAUCCAUCAUUCGAUGCUUCAAAUAAAACAGAAAUUACUUUACAUAUCCUUUCACAAACUGAUGAUGGUUUAAUAUUUUAUAAUGGACCUUUAACUGCACGACAGGCUACACUAUCAAAGGGUUACAUUUCCUUGGAGCUUAAGAAUGGAUUUCCUUUACUUCAAAUAAAUUCUGGAUUAGGUACAGAAGAAAUACAUUUGACGGAAAACAUUAAAAAGCUGAAUGACGGAGCUCUUCAUAAAAUUAAAAUCGGUUCUGGUUAUGAUGAUAUAUCACUUGAAGUGGAUGAUUGCAAAACAGUAUGUUCAAUAUGGAAAGGAAGAGAAAACAAAGGUUUAAUUCGAUCCAGUGGACCUCUUCAGUUAGGAGGAACCAAAUUCAGAUUCAGUGAUGAAGAGUUCAAAGCUGUUUGGAGCCACUUACCUCCUACGUCCGUUGGUUUCACAGGAUGUAUCCGAAAUUUGACUUACAACGAUGUUUUUUAUAAUCUCGGAGCUCCAUCGGAUCAGUACCAAGCCUACUCUGAUUGUAAUUAUGGAGUUGUACAGGCUGUCACAUUUGGAAUUGACUCAAAUUUCUUGGUUGCUAUCUUGGUGUGCGUUGCCAUUUUAAUAAUCCUUCUAUUGGCCGUAGUAGUCCACAGGCGUAAACAAGACAAUUUCAGUGAAAAAGAAAUGGAUGAUACCCGAGAAAAUAUAAUCAAUUAUGAAGAUGAAGGUGGCGGCGAAUGUGAUACACACUAUGACCUAUCUGUAUUAUGUCAGAAUCGUAUUACCAAUGAAAAGCCCUUAAUGCAAGAAAAUCCCGAUAUGACUGCCGACAUAGGUGGAUUCCUUGAAAAUAAAAUGGACACCUGUGACAAAGACCCUGAUGACGAUGUUCGACAUUACGCAUAUGAAGGCGACGGCAACAGUUAUGCUUCUCUUUCAUCCCUUUCUUCUAAUACAGAUGACGGAGAUUUGAAGUUCGAUCAUUUGCCUAGUUUUGGUUCGAAAUUUAGGAAAUUGGCUGAUAUGUAUGGUGGAGGCACAAGUGAUGAAGACUCUCAUGACGGUGGUGAGGAGUCUUGGUGUUGAACUUCAGGUAGAAAUGGUAGAAAAAGAAAUUGUACUUAAUCUUUUAUGUUAUAACCAAAGAAAUAUUUUCGGAAGGAACUGAGCAAACUUGUUGUAAAUAUGUGACUUUGAUUAUGUAGACAUCAUCAGACUGACAUUAUGCUAUUUUCCAUUCAUGUCAGGCAGUUUGAUACUGUCGCAGCUUGUUGUCCCUCCCUUAUUUUUGAAAAUUUUCGAUUUUCCUUUAUUGAGAAUUGGGCUGUCUGAACAUAAUUGACAAUUAGUUUCUAAACGGCCUUCUGUCCCAAUAUUUCUGUGAUUUGAACAAAGUUAGGAUAAGUAACUUUUGUAAUUCCUAUUUGCAAUUACGUACUGAAGGGUUGUGAGUUUUCUUCACAAAUUCAGUUAUCAUCGAUAUACAAUGAAAAAUAUAUGAAAGGCCAUACUAAUCUUACGAAAACUUUAUUUCAGUUUCAAUUGCAUGAAAAUGAUUUUUGGAGAACAGUAUGUCUCAACUAAGUCGAACCAAAUGGAAAACUUUUUUUAGUAUCGAACUAAAAUCUCAAAUGAUACCUUCUUUUAUAAAAUACUUUAGUUCUAUGUGAAGUCAUAAAUUUGAAAUACCUUUAUUUUUGACAAUAAAAUUAAAAAGUUGAUCAGUAUUGAAAAUCAUGUUCAAAUAUGCAACUGAAUCAAUUUUUGAUGAAAGUCAGGUUAUUUUUUACCUAUAUUUCUACUUCAUAGAUUGACUUUGUCGUUCAGUAUCAAAAAUUUUUUCGUGGUCAUCAACAUGUUUGCAUUUUAGGUUUUAGUCCUUGCAGAGUGUUUAUGACGAAUAACUUUGUUUCCUACAAUCAGUGAUAUAAAAGUUUUUCAAAUGAUUUUGAUUUUUGAGUCAUACAGUAUGUGCCGGUAACUUUUGAUGGUAAUAAAAAACCGACUGAAAACUUUCAUAAGACUAGUGCAUGCCUUCAAAUUUAAUGCCUUGUAUAAACAUAUUGCCUUAUCACAUUUGGACACAAGUAUCAAUAGUUUAUGAAAAUUGAGCAAUAUUUUGAAUACGAAUAAAUCAUACUUUUUAUAAUA